AUGGAGAACACGGUGGUUCAUCAAGAAACAGAAUCAGCAGUGCAGCUAUAUUUUGAAAAUCAACAAAGGCAGUGGGGUGACAGUGCAAGCGAGGGAUCUGUGGUUGAGGUUUUGGACAGGGUUGGCAUUAAUGCUCCAUCCAAUUCUCUGAAAGAGCUAAGAGACAUUUGGAAGGGAUGGAUGCCCCAGAGUCGUUUGACCUUUUCUCAGAUAUAUGGACACAUUGGCUUUCUGUUGCAUAUGUCUAUAAACCCUAAUGUGAUUGAAGUAUUGGUGGAAUUUUGGAACCCGUCUUAUUGUUGUUUUACUCUGGAUGGGGUGAAUUUGGCUCCCACCGUGGAGAAGUACGUUUCACUAUUGCAUCUAGCCAAGCUUUCGACACCCUACAAGAAAUAUGUACCUACUCAAACAUCUAUCGCCAAGGAAAUGUUCAAAGUCACCGAGGUUAAGGUCCAGAAGCUGGGAGACUCGAAAAUCACCUGGGAAUACUUGAAAAAGUUGUUAAAAAUGGAAGAGGGGGAAGAGGCCCAUCUAUUUUUGUUUGCACUAGCCAUCUAUGACCUACUUAUAUUUCCAAAGGAACUGGGGACCAUUGACCACGCGACCAUUGCUUUCGUGGCACGAGUAAAAGAGGGGGCUAACUUGGUCCAUGGAAUUCUGUCAGAAUUAUUCUGGUCACUUAACAAAUGUCGGACCAAAAGGCAUGCUAGGUUGACUUGUUGUGUGCCAUUAUUAUAUGUCUGGCUGCAACAUUUGGUUAACAAGGGCAUCGUAUGGCAAGCACCGUGGAUAGAGAAGUCGAAAGUGGUAUACAAAUUUGAAAACCUCCACUGGGUCCCACUAUUAGGCCCUUGGGGAGGAAUAUCCUAUGCACCCCUCAUGUUUAGAAGCCAGGUGGGCACAAUGCAAUUCAUACCCAUGACCCACGGGUUGGCAGAUGCUCAAUUCGCAUAUGAGGCUGAUGAUAGCCAAAAGAAGGUUCAAGAGUUUGUUGUAUCCUGGAGGCAUGUGCACGUGGUAGAAUCCACCAAUCAAAACUCUAGAGCCAAGGAAAGUUAUAAACUAUGGAGGCUUAACAGAGUAAAUCAUCGGGUUAGGCAGACGACAAAAGCACCAACAAGAAAGAAACUACCAAAAGAAAGCGUGCAUCCGUAUGAAAGGAAGGCUUUGAAAACAGCAACCAAGGAGUAG